GGAGCGCGGCCGCCGGUGCCGUUGCGGGAGGAGAGGAGGAAGCGGCGCGUCCUCUGAGGCGUGCGCGGGGACCCGCGAGCGGAAGGACGGACGGACGGACGGACGCGCGGAGGACUGGGCGCCGGCGAGGAAUCUGCUGGCACCGUGGGACCGUUUCAGGGAUGCCGAACGCCAACUUGCUUCGUGUGUCCUGGGCAGGUGUGGGGCAGGUGACGGCUCCCUGACCUACCACCAUGGAUGGAGACGGACUUUUUGAAGAAGAAACCAAAACAGUUGGUACCAGCCAGGGUGAUUUGGCUAUCAAAGGUUUUGACAAAACCUGCUUUGUUCCUUUUGGGGAAGCCGAAUGAGGGACGUCACAGACACCUUCACUGGGAAGCCAAGGACAUUUCUGUAUAAUCAGUGGAUGAAAGGAUUCUCUCGGUCUUUUUUCCCCUUUUCCUUGAGGAUUAAUCCACCGCAGUCUACAAUUGCAGUGGAAACUGCAAGGCACGCGAUGAGGCAGAAGCCUAGGGAGCCUUCAGAAUUGUUCUGGACCCUUCCGGUGGCCUAGGGGAGUUUUAACACAUGCCACCACGCCUCCCCCUUCCCCCCAGCUCUUUCCUUCUGAUCUCUUCUCCUUAAUCUGUUCCCAUUUUCUGAGUUAAGUUCUAUUUCCCAAACUGUUCUCUGGAGCUAUAAGUGGAUUGCCAGAAAUGCGAGAUUAAGAGCUGGAGAAGAGGAAGCGCCCAGUGUUGUGUCUCCUUGAGGCUGCCGACAUGAAGUGCUUUUUCCCAGUGCUGAGCUGUCUGGCUGUGCUGGGUGUGGUGUCAGCACAGCGGCAAGUCACCGUUCAGGAAGGACCCUUGUACCGCACAGAGGGCUCCCACAUCACCAUCUGGUGCAACGUGAGUGGCUACCAGGGCCCCUCUGAGCAGAAUUUCCAGUGGUCCAUUUACCUGCCCUCCGCCCCAGAGCGAGAAGUGCAGAUUGUGAGCACUGUAGACUCCUCCUUCCCUUACGCCAUCUACACCCAGCGUGUCCGCGGUGGGAAGAUCUACGUGGAAAGAGUCCAGGGGAACUCGGCUUUACUGCACAUCACAGAUCUCCAGGCCCGGGACGCUGGGGAGUAUGAAUGCCACACGCCCAACACCGACGAUCGAUACUUUGGGAGUUACAGUGCAAAGAUGAACCUAGUGGUGAUCCCAGACUCCCUGCAGACCACUGCCGUGCCCCAGACUCUGCACAAAGUGGAGCAGGACCCACUGGAGCUCACUUGUGAGGUGGCCACGGAGACGUUCCAGCACAGCCACCUGUCUGUGGCCUGGCUGCGGCAGAAGGGUGGCGAGAAGCCUGUGGAGGUCAUCUCCCUGAGCCGAGAUUUCGUGCUUCACUCCAGCAGCGAGUACGCCCAGAGGCAGAGCCUGGGGGAGGUGCGGCUGGACAAGCUGGGGAGGACCACCUUCCGCCUCACCAUCUUCCACCUGCAGCCCGCCGACCAGGGCGAGUUCUACUGUGAGGCUGCCGAGUGGAUCCAGGACCCGGAUGGGUCGUGGUAUGCCAUGACCCGGAAGCGUUCCGAGGGAGCCGUGGUCAACGUUCAGCCCACUGACAAAGAUUUCACCGUUCGGCUGGAGACGGAGAAGCGGCUGCACACGGUGGGUGAACCGGUGGAGUUCAGAUGCAUCCUGGAGGCUCAGAACGUUCCGGACCGUUACUUUGCUGUCUCCUGGGCCUUCAACAGCUCGCUCAUCGCCAGCAUGGGGCCUAAUGCUGUGCCCGUCCUCAACAGCGAAUUUGCCCACCGGGAAGCCAGGGGACAGCUCAAGGUGGCUAAAGAGAGCGACAGUGUCUUUGUGCUGAAGAUCUACCACCUCCGCCAGGAAGAUAGCGGGAAAUACAACUGUCGGGUGACGGAGCGAGAGAAAACAGUGACUGGGGAAUUUAUCGACAAGGAGAGCAAGCGUCCCAAGAACAUCCCCAUCAUAGUCCUCCCCCUCACAGAUAACUGGGUAGUUAAAGUCCCCCAGCACCACCAGAUCCUGCCCCAAGGCCACUUGGAGAGCAGCAUCUCCGUGGAGGUGGCCAGCAACGCCAGCGUCAUCCUGGAGGGCGAGGAUUUGCACUUCUCCUGCAGUGUCCGCACGGCGGGCAGGCCACAGGGCCGCUUCUCUGUCAUCUGGCAGCUCGUGGACAGGCAGAACCGCCACAGCAAUAUCAUGUGGCUAGACCGGGAUGGCACUGUGCAGCCGGGAUCGUCCUACUGGGAGCGCAGCAGCUUUGGGGGCAUCCAGAUGGAGCAGGUGCAGCCCAACUCGUUCAGCCUGGGCAUUUUCAACAGCAGGAAGGAGGACGAGGGCCAGUACGAAUGCCACGUGACCGAAUGGGUACGGGCGGUGGACGGCGAGUGGCAGAUUGUGGGAGAGCGCCGGGCCAGCACCCUCGUCUCCAUCACUGCUCUCGAGACGGGCUUUGCAGUCACAGCCAUCUCCCGGACGCCGGGGGUGACCUACAGCGACUCCUUUGACUUGCAGUGCAUCAUCAAACCCCAUUACCCCGCCCGGGUCCCCGUGUCGGUGACGUGGCGGUUCCAGCCAGUGGGUACCAUUGAGUUCCAUGACCUGGUGACCUUCACCCGGGACGGAGGGGUCCAGUGGGGGGACAGGUCCUCCAGCUUCCGAACCCGAACUGCCAUCGAGAAGGCUGAGUCCAGCAACAACGUCCGUCUAAGCAUCAGCCGGGCCAGCGACACGGAGGCGGGCAAGUACCAGUGUGUGGCAGAGCUGUGGCGGAAGAACUACAACCACACCUGGACGCGGCUGGCGGAGAGGACCUCCAACCUGCUGGAGAUUAGGGUGCUGCAGCCAGUGACAAAGCUGCAGGUGAGCAAAUCCAAGAGGACCCUCACCCUGGUGGAAAACAGGCCUAUUCAGCUGAACUGCUCGGUCAAGUCUCAGACCAGCCAGAACUCCCACUUCGCCGUGCUCUGGUACGUCCACAAGCCCUCGGACGCCGACGGCAAGCUCAUCCUCAAAACGACCCACAGCUCCGCCUUUGAGUACGGCACCUAUGCGGAGGAGGAGGGCCUGCGAGCGAGGCUGCAGUUUGAGAGGCACGUGUCCGGGGGCCUGUUCAGCCUCACCGUCCAGAGAGCGGAGGUCAGCGACAGCGGCAGCUACUACUGCCACGUGGAGGAGUGGCUGCUGAGCCCCAACUACGCCUGGUACAAGCUGGCAGAGGAGGUUUCGGGGCGCACCGAAGUCACUGUGAAACAGCCAGACAGCCGCCUGAAGCUCAGCCAGGCCCAGGGGAACCUGUCAGUUCUGGAGACCCGGCAGGUGCAGCUGGAGUGCGUGGUCCUGAACCGCACCAGCGUGGCCUCCCAGCUCAUGGUGGAGUGGUUUGUGUGGAAGCCCAACCACCCCGAGCGGGAGACCGUGGCCCGGCUGAGCCGCGACGCUACCUUCCACUACGGGGAGCAGGCGGCCAAGAACAACCUGAAGGGGCGGCUGCACCUGGAGAGUCCGUCCUCCGGCGUGUACCGGCUCUUCAUCCAGAACGUGGCUGUGCAGGACAGUGGGACCUACAGCUGCCGCGUGGAGGAGUGGCUGCCCAGCCCCAGUGGCGUGUGGUAUAAACGGGCAGAAGACACGGCUGGGCAGACAGCUGUGACAGUCAUGCGACCAGAUGCCGCCCUACAGGUGGACACAGUGGUCCCCAAUGCCACGGUGUCUGAGAAGGCAGCUUUCCAGCUGGACUGCAACAUCGUGUCCCGCUCAAGCCAGGACUCCCGCUUUGCUGUGGCCUGGUAUUCCCUGAGGACUAAAGCCGGAGGGAAGAGAGGCAGCUCUGGUCUGGAAGAACAGGAGGAGGAGGAGGAGGAGGAGAGGGGGGAGGAGGAGGAGGAGGACGAAGACGAGGAGGACGAGGAUGAACCAACAGAGCGCAUGGCCCUGCUGAGCGUGGGCACAGACGCUGUCUUUGGCCCAGAGGGCAGUCCCUGGGAGGGCAGGCUGCGCUUCCAGAGGCUCUCCCCAGUGCUCUACCGGCUCACGGUGCUGCAGGCAAGCCCCCGGGACACAGGCAACUACUCCUGCCGCGUGGAGGAAUGGUUACCCAGCCCUCGGAAGGAAUGGUACCGGCUGACGGAGGAGGAGUCGGCCCCCAUCAGCAUCCGCGUUCUGGACACAAGUCCUACCCUCCAGUCCAUCAUCUGCUCCAACGAUGCGCUCUUCUACUUCGUCUUCUUCUACCCCUUCCCCAUCUUUGGCAUCCUUAUCAUCACCAUCCUGCUGGUGCGCUUCAAGAGCCGAAACUCCAGCAAGAACUCUGAUGGGAAGAAUGGAGUGCCCCUGUUGUGGAUCAAGGAGCCGCACCUCAACUACUCCCCCACUUGCCUGGAGCCCCCGGUGCUCAGUAUCCACCCUGGGGCCAUAGACUAAGGGGGAUGCCCCAGCGGAUGUCGGCCAUGGAAGAGCUGAGGCUCUCCCUUGCUGCCUCUCGCUCUGUGAUUGGACAGCUGGCAGCACCCAAACUCUGGAGUGCCCGUGCAGAAAAUUGUCAGACCUGAAAAGUGUUCAAAGUUCCUGAUCAGUCACAGAGACAGACUGCCUCUCGGUGGCAGUCGUGGUUGGCUAGCUAUUUGUGCGCAAAUGUGAUCCGCAGUUAUAGGUUUCUUGUUUUUGUUUAUGUAGUGAGUAGCUCCAGGUGCCACAUCUACUCACUGAUUUCUCUAGUAUUCUCAGACAGAUGUUACAGGGGUUCUCGUUCUUUGUAAUGUACUCUUUUUAAAUCCCUUUGGUUUCCCCUUUUUGGAUUCCGUACUGUUGUGGACGGAUUUCUCUUACAUAAAACUGAUGGCAAAAGGAAGGAUGAACUUUCUAGUUAGAAGGAAUCUCUUCCAAGACUUUUUGUUUUUGCAUAUUUGAAAAUGCCACCCAUGGAUCAAAAUAUACCCAAACAUUUUUUUACUUUCUUAACAGGACUUGAAAAUUGUGUAUAGUGUGGGCAAAAUUUGUAUCUUAUCUUUUCCCUCGGCUGCAGUUGUUGGAACCACUUUGUAGUCAAGAUGAAAGCAUUGAAUUUUGCUUCAAAGAACUGUGUAUGUACAAGAGAAAUCCUGUAUAACCCCAUUAGGAGUAGAUGGUGCCCGGCCUGUCUGCCAGAGAGGCAAAAAAAGGCUUCAUCCCAUCCUUGCCAAAAAAAAAAGAAGAAAACUGUCUUGAAGAACGGGUCAAAAGCUCCAGACAGCACACACUUUCCAAGUUAAAGUGGGCAGAGGGCUGCUUUUAGCAGCUACUGACUUUCAGGUUGAUCAAAGCCAAUGAUUAGAGACGGAAGGGAUAAAAGGCUGGCUGUUGGCUUGAUCUGUUCUGCAAGGGCAGUCUCUAACUGAUAACUGUGAGCAGGUGGGCUUUUGUCUUCAGGUGCUUUGCCAAACUCUUAAAGGAAAGUGUCCAGUGAACCUGAAAAGGCGACAGCCCUGAGCUGAACACAGGGGCCAAAGUAGCCACUGUAUACACCCAAUGGAGGGUGCUGGGCUGUCCAACACUAAGUUUGGUGACAAGUGGGACAGUGAGGUGGGGAAAGGGGUUUCCAGGGCCUGAUGUUGGAGAGUGCAGAGGAGUAACUACCUCCCUGGAGGUAUGAAGACUAGGUUUUUCUCCUUCCUUCCAAUCAGAUUUUCCUCAGUGAUAUUGAUGUCUUCCUCACUCAGCUUUUCUCUCUCCCUACCUCACGGCCGUGAGAAUAUCAGCGGAGGUGAGGUCCAGGUGCAGCCUUUUGCAAUCCUUUCGGUUUACCUAGUCUCAGCAGAGAGUGAUCACAUUUGUUGUCUGUGCAGGUUUUUUCCUUUCCCUUUCUUAAAUACUUUUAUUUUGUUGUUCAUUUUUAUGGUGGCUUUGUAUUUUAAUGACCCUGAAGCCCAACCAGGGCCAGUGUCACCUUGUUACUUUCCACUGUUGGGCCAGAUGCUCGGCCCCCUGGAGCAUCACUGGCUGCAGAUAUUUUCGUUUUGCUCACUCCAUGAAGAUGUUAUUGUGCCCUUCGUUCCCCACAUUUUGUUGGCCACGUGUGCCAUCUCCCUUCCUCUGGGAACUUGCACCUCGAAUCCCAAGAGGGGUCCCAAUUUGGAAAAAGCUACCUGGGAUUCUGGAACUAAGUCUGACAAGAGAGACUCCUGCAAAGCCUUGUUCUGAGAACGAACAGGCUCCAGGGGAGGCCAUGUGGGUGCCGAUCCUCAUCUGAGGCGUGCAGGCGGCCUGGGCUGAUCAGCAGGUGCAUUGCUGAGCCAGGCCAAGGGGAACAAGGCAGUUGCUCAGCUACUUUCUGACAGGCUUACGCAGACUUGCCUUUUCCCUCGCAGAUACACCAGUACUCUCCUACGAGACAGCGUGCAGACCGCCACCUUAAUCCUGCUGUUGCCCGACAUGCUGAUUCUCAUUUAUUAUGCUGCACCAACAUGUUAGAAGUACAGAAUUGGCUCAGUCAUGAAGAAAGAAGGUCUUUUGCCCCAUUUCUUCAUUUCAGGGAUGUGGGCUUUCAGUGGGAAUUUGCUGACUCCUAAUUUAUAGGCUGAGUCAAUGCGGGAGGAGGACUGACUUUUCAUCUGUCUGACUGGAAGGAUGCCAGAGGGCUGGCUGGGACUGGGAUGUGUAACUAAGAUUUCAGUUUGAAUUGGUUCACAGCAGUUGAAAACUAGGUGCUGCACGUAUCUAAAUAUGUGAAGCAAUUACAGGAAAGUUGAAAGGAAAAAAGAAACCGAAGCCAGUAUUUUAAUAAUUGCUCUUUCUGUGCAUUUUCUCUUGGGCUGGGGGUUACCAUCAAAUGAUGGUUAAGCUUUUCCAGCUUUCUAUGAAAAACCGCAGGACCUACUUUCUUUGGCCAUUUCUAUGGACAUGUGGUGUCAGAUGAAUGGUAAUGGUGCCCUCCAGUGGCUGCGAGACCUCAUUGCACAUUGUCUACUGGAGCUUUAGUCUUCUGAGGACAAGAGAGGAAAACUGCUGAAUACUCUCUCUUGACUCAUCUACGUCUACAAUGUUGCAUUAAUGAAAAACUACACUGUGCUAGGCGCAUUCCAGGACAUGAAUAUGACCACACCCUCUUUCACCAGGGUGUUUCUGUAGCAAGUUUUCAUAUUCUUUUCAAACAAUCGUUUCUCUGCGUUAAUUUUUGAAGAAAAAAAGAGAUAGGGUAAGAAGACUACCCAUGCAUGAUGUAGAGAGCUGUUGAUUUGUUUUUGUUUUUUAAAGGAAAACUAUUUGUAAGAUGUUGCACUAAAACAUUUUAUAUACACUUCAGAGACCUGUAGUAAAUUAUGUUGAAAAUAA